GGGUGUUCUCCCUCCACCCUCUUGCCUCUGUUGCCUCUGCUGCUGCGGCCGACCUUGUUGGUUUUGAGUCGGUCGGUGCUGCGUCUGCCCUGAGCGGGAGAUGGCGCACCGGCAAGGGCAAGGGGGCAAGGGCGCUGGAGGGGCUGGAGGAGGCAGUGGAGGUGGUAGUGGAGGUAGUGGAGAGAGUGGGGGUAGUGCGCAGUGGGGGUUUUGGUCCCUGCGCUUACGUCCUCCGUACUGGCGACCGCGCUGUGUUGAGGGUGCCUGUUACCUGUGUGUACCGCCUGAACCCGGGCAUUGAGGCCGCUGCUCUAGGUGCUGGUGAGGCUGCUGCUCUAGGUGCUAGUGCGUCUGCUGCCCCAGGUGCCAGUGCAUCUGCUGCCCCAGGUGCUGGUGUGUCUGCUCUCUCAAGUAAUGCGUCGGCUCAGGCCUCCACACCUUCACCCUGGACUCGGGUGCGUCCCCGCUCCUUCUUUCGAGACCGCACCACUCUUACGCCGCUCAGUCGGCCGGUUGCAGUCUCCCUGGCAGACCCCUCUGGGGGUCCGUCCUUGCUAGCUUCUCCAUUGUCCUACCGUGCCCGGCAGCCCCCUCUGGCACCCUAUCUGGUCUCUACCUCCCCUCGUUUCUCUACGAAACUUGGUGAGCGGAGCGGACCUACAGGAUAG